AUGCAAAUCAUCAAUAUCCUUUCUCUGGCAUUCCUCCUGUCUAACGUCAAUGCCUUAUAUCUCUCAGCUGAACAACAUCCGAUCACACCACUGUCUUCCCCCUUACUACCACCAUCCCGAAUACAAUCGAUUCCUCAACCUCUUAUCGGUUUCGGAACAUGGAAUCUAAAUCUCUCUCCUGAGAAUACAACUGAAGCCGUCGCGUACGCAAUUGAAAUUGGUUAUCGACAAAUUGAUUGUGCGGCGGCGUAUGGGAAUGAAGUGGCGGUGGGACAAGGAAUUAAAGAGGGGUUGAAGAGAGCUGGCUUAAAGAGAGAGGAUAUUUGGGUGACGAGUAAACUUUGGAAUGAUCACCAUGGAAGUUAUGAAAAUGUGGAAAGGGGGUUAAAUCAAACUCUUCAAGAUCUAGAUCUCGAGUAUCUGGAUUUAUAUCUCAUACAUUGGCCUAUUGGCUUUUCUUCUAAUGGAACCAAGAAUCUCGAUCACGUUCAGACCUACAAAUCCAUGAUUUCCCUCCCCAAAUCUCGUGUGCUCAAUAUCGGGGUAUCCAAUUUCUCCCCGCUCCAACUCAAAAAUGUCGUGUCGACUGGUACGAUGCCAUAUACGCAUCAAAUGGAACUUCAUCCCUAUCUGCAACAAUCAGCGUGGGUAGCGACGCAUAAAGCUCUCGGUAUUAAAAUGACAGCUUAUUCUCCAUUGGGAAAUACUAAUCCGACUUAUCAUUCAUCUCCUUCCCCGGCACUCUCAUCAUCUUCUUCAUGGACCUCAUGGACAUCCCUCUUCCGCCUCACCUCAAAAUCAAAAGCCCCACCUCUCCUCCAAAACCCCAUUCUCCUCGACAUCGCCGAACAAAGACAUUGUUCCCCAGCUCAGGUAGCAUUGAAAUGGAAUAUGGGGAGGGGUAUUAGUGUGAUUCCGAAAAGUAGCCAUGAGGAAUGGAUCAAGGAGAAUUUGCACGCGGAGGAGUGUGAGUUGACGCAUGCGGAUUUGACAAAGUUGAGGUUUGUGGGGAGGAAAUGGUUGAGUAGGUUCAAUAAUCCCGGGGAGGAAUGGGGAGUGACGCUUUUUGAGGGAUUGGAGGGAGUUUAG